AUGAUAAGGGGCGGCGGCAACAACCAGGAGGCGGCGGACGUCGAGGAGCUGCUAGCCCAGCAGAACAAGCACGCCGCCGUGGCGACGUCGCGGCAAUGGUCGGCGCAGACGGAGUCGCGCAUCGUGCGCGUCUCCCGCGUCUUCGGCGGGAAGGACCGCCACAGCAAGGUGAAGACAGUCAAGGGGCUGCGCGACCGCCGGGUGCGCCUCUCCGUGCCCACGGCAAUCCAGCUCUACGACCUGCAGGACCGCCUCGGCCUCAACCAGCCUAGCAAGGUCGUCGACUGGCUGCUCAACGCCGCACGCCACGAGAUCGACAAGCUGCCGCCGCUGCAGUUCCCGCCGCAGGACCAACUCAUGGUCGGCCACCUCACGCCCCACAUGCCGCUGGUGCACGAGGAGAAGUUCGGACACAUCGCCGCGGCCGCGGCGCUCGCAAGCGACGGCGGCGGCGCCAAGGUCAGCCAGCAGGGCGAUGUCGACGUCGACGGGACCGGCGGAGCCCACCACUUGGUGGGGAGGUUCCCCGGCGGCGGCUACCACCGGUUCAUGGAGCUGAACGGCGCGUUGGGCAUGGUCAGUAGCUCAAUGGCGCCGUAUAACAACUACACCGGAGAGGCAUGGAGUAACAGCGGCGGCGUGCAUGACGGCGGCGCAGGCGGCUCGCCGCAGGUCGUGGCAGCGGCUCACCACUCGCCGUUCCCGUCGUUGCUCUCGUUGGCUCCACGCCCGCAUCAGCUGGCGUUCUACUCCUCGGAAGCUGAUCAGCAGUUUCAGGUGGAGAACCUUGGCUCGCAAAGCCUGUCCUUGAGCUCGGCGAGGGCUUACCAUGAUCAGGCUAGCUAG